AUGCCAGCCCUCACCACACAACAACCUGUCAAGGUCCACGCCAAAGUGAAGGUGUCGACCACGUCAGGCCCAUACCCCGGCAAGCUCCCCGUCCGCACGCGCACCCCGGAACCGGCCCCUCGCCCCCGCUCAGUCGUCCGAGAUAUCCUGAGCAAGCCGGAGCGCGAGCCGACGAUGGCGGAGCUGUAUCCUGGUCCCAAGCCGCCGCAGCGCACUCGCGACCCGGUGCCCCCCUCCCAGUUGAACCCUAAGAAGGUCCUCAAGAGCCAGACGGAGCCGGACAUGAAGAAGCUGUAUCCCGGCCCGAAGCUUCCGGAGCGCACUCGCCCGCCCGAGCCUCCCAGGAAGCGCGGUAGCUCUGUGAAGAGCGAGAGGCAGCCGAGCAUGCGCGAACUGUACCCCGGCCCGAAACUGCCGGAGCGUACUCGUGACCCGGUGCCUCCUCCCCCGUCCAGUCGCGGCAGUGUCAAGAAAGUUAUGAGCAUUCUUGGCAGAUCGUCGCGCAACUCGUCUACGACGAGUGUGUCCACCAAGCAAGGCCAGGGCAAGGCGCGUACCCGUCAUGGAAGUGACGUCUGGGACGACAAAGCGAACGGGUACUCGAAUGGGUACGCGAACGGUUACACGAACGGGUACGCAGAUGACAACACGGUGAACGGGCACGCGGACGGCAGCACGGUGAACGGGCACGCGAGCGAGAACACGGCGAACGGGCACGCCAAGCCGGAAAUGCAAGACCGCCAAGUCAUGACGGACGCCUACCUCCUGACGCCGAUAGAGUCUGGAGGUCUUGGCGGGCUCGGGCUCGAUCUGUUCGUGCACGAGCGCGACUCGCGCGAGCUGCGCGAACCCCCUCAGCUCCAGCAGGGUCGCGAGGAGCAACCUUCCAAGCUAAGCGCGGUGGGAGCGCAGAGCGUCGCCGGCGCUCUAAGCCACCUCAGCCUCUCGGCCGUACGGGCGCCGAGCCUGAAGCGCGUCCCGGAGACCAGUCCGGUCAGCACGGUCUCUCCGCUGCCUGCUCGGCGGUCGUCGCUCAUCGCGCCCCUAUCACCGAUCAUGCCCAAACCUGCGGAGGACAUCACAGUCACCCUGUGGACGAGGGACGGGGCGGCGUCGCCUGCCUCCGUGCCAUGCGAGACGGACAGUGAGAGCGAGCCCGACGAGGAGCCAGCAGUCACUAUCUUCCCGCGCGGCUCGUCUCGCCUCUCUCGUGCGCCCUCGGUCGUGAUCAGCGAGCACAACUAUGACUUUGCCGCUCGCGAGCCGUCCGUGUCUGCUCGAAGCCGUUUCUCGACCGCUUCGGGAUACUCAACCGCCAUGUCCGGAUACUCAACUGCUCUCACGGGCUACAGCACGGCGUACGAGGACUUGCCCAGCCCGGGCAGCGCCGACUCGGGCGGCUACGGAAACUACAACCUCUACGGCGCGAUGCCGGUAACGACGAGCUACAACCAAUUCGCGCCACCUCGCUCAGCGGUCAACUACACGGCUGCCGGCCGCCAGCGCCCGAACAGCUGGCACGUCUCCUCCACCCCGAGCCCCAGCUUCCCGUCCUCGCCCGUCCAGCCCGCGCAUCUCGUUCCCGCUGUCCCGGAGCGCGACGCCAAAUUCCUCCAGCCCCCCGACCAGUACUUUGUCGACGACGUGCAGCCUGUCGGUCCCCGCCCAAGCGUAGAGCUGGACAUCAAGCCUGGCUUCCGCGUGGAAUUCGACGAGGCGAGGCGCGGACGCCCCUUCUAG